AUGAAAAGAUGUUCCCAUGUCCUCAGCACUGCUAAUGGGGUAGUUGUCGGUGAAGCAACCGUUCCAAUUUGGAAGGAACACUUCAAAACCUUGCUGAACCGGCUAGCACCGUCAGCUCCUGAACUCGAACACGUUCAUAGACCGACAUAUGCGGUUAACGAGGAGCCACCGACCGAGUCGGAGGUCCUGGUCUGUAUUCAGAAAAUGAAGAAUGGAAAAUUUGGUGGAGACGACGGGAUUAGCGCAGAAAUGCUAAAAUAUCUUCCUCCGUCUGGGAUUCGUGAAAUGACAAAGAUCAUCCGUUCAAUAUGGAUAAACGAAAGUAUACCUGAUUCGUGGAGACACGCUAUCAUAAUUCCCCUCCACAAGAAGUUAUCCGUCACGUACUCAAGGAAUUAUCGAUUAAUCUCUUUGCUGCGUGUUAUGUACAAGGUACUGGAGCGCAUUAUCCUGGACCGACUCAUCAAACAUCGCGAAGAAACAACGCGCGACGAGCAAGCUGGCUUUCGUCCUGGCCGAUCUACGAUUGACCAGGUGUUCAUCGUCAGGAGAGUGAUCGAAAUCUGGCAGCGGUAUUCGAAGCCAAUGCAACUAGCGUUCCUGGACUUUGAAGCCGCAUUCGACUCUCCCUUUAAAAUUUUUACGCAAAACACAGUAAUAGAAAAGAGUCUCCUGAUUCCGGAGGAAAGCCUGGUACGGUAG